UCGGGAUGUAAUAGUGGGGUGGUCUGGGCGGGGGUAAGCAGCCCCGGACAGGCGGCGGCGGGUGCCGCAGUAUUGGGUGGGUCAGACAUCGGAGGAGUAGACGUUCCAUGCGUUUGCUCCGGAAUUCCGAUUUUCUUCAUAGUCCUUUCAAAAUUACGCACGAUUUUUUUCACAGUCAAGUGUUUAUGUCAUAAGUGAUCUGUGCAAAUGCAAUGGUUUUCAACGUGCACCGGACUAUUUUAAACACGGCAUUGAUAAGAAGAAGAGAAAAUUUGUAAAAACAAACUAGGCCAUCAUGGAAGUGGCUAUGCCCAUGACGGGCUCAGCAAUGGACUGUUACGAGGAUAUGUUCAAGGAAAUAACUAGGAAGCUUUACGGAGAAGAUGGACUGCCGGAAUUAAACACGAAUGACCGAUUGGCCGGGCAAGAUCGCGGUUUAACGCCUAUUGACUAUGAUGUUGACACUCCUAUAUUGAAACCUGAAGAACACUUGACCGCUUUCGGUUUGGCCGCCUUAAUGCAAAACGGUUUUUCUCCGACUGGCAUUUUAAACGCGAACUUUCAAUCUCACAAGCCCUCCACCAGCAAUGGCAAUUGCAAUGGUAACAGUAUCGUGGCUUCAGGAUUAGAGGACAAAUGGGUGACCAGUGAGGAUAACUUACAAUGGACGCAAUCGAAAAUAGCUACGUACAACCCCGUACAAAAACUGUUUCGCUGCACGGAGUGUGAUUGCGUGGGAUACCUUCCAAGAGUCUCCGAACAUUGGUUGGGGACGCAUUCAAACUUACGGGCCUUUCAUUGCUCGCAAUGCCCUUACGAGAGCGCGUGGGCCCGUUGCGUCAGAAUGCAUUUAAGUCGACAGCAUAACAUAAACACCGACGAAUCUUGUGAUAUUUUGACGAAAAAUAAUCCCGUACUUAAGGAAAUUAAUAGCUAUUUACAGCGGUUGAAAAACAAGUUGGAUAGCAACUGCAAUAAAAGCGUUACUAACACAGCACAAAUGGUUGAGGAAGAGUUUCACCCAUCUGUUAAUAGCAACGCGUUGAUAUCAUCGAACAUAGCAGCUGGUGGCGGCAGUGGCAGCUCCAGUAGCAACAGCAGCGGCAACGGAAAUAACCUGGAUCAAAGUAGCACGGCCAAUAAGAGAUACAGCUGCACAUAUUGCCCUUACGCAACCGACAGAAGAGAUUUGUUCACUAGACAUGAAAACAUUCAUAGAGAAGAAAAACCAUUUCAAUGUUACGUCUGUCAAAAACAAUUUAAUCGAGCGGAUCAUGUUAAAAAGCAUUUCCUGAGGAUGCACAGAGAGCAUCCGUACGAUUUAAAUCGAAUCCGAAGACAUCCGCCCAAAAAUGCCUCUGGGAUGUCUUAUUACCAAAAGUAUAAUUCCACUAGUCAAGCAAAUACAAACGAAAGUUUAACAACAACGCAAUCGAUCAGUUCGCUAUCAAUUCCAAACGGCUAUAGUAAUUUAACGUCGAGAAAUCAAUCGACGACAAACGCACGUAUAACAAACGACGGGAAAAGUAACGUAACUGGGGGGAAAACAGGAUCAAGCAUUGGAGUGAAAAAUGGUGGAUGCAGCAGCAAGAAAAAAGGUGAAAAACGUUUCACUUGUUGUUACUGUUCCUGGUCAGGAGUGGACAAUUGGUGUCUAAAGAGACACAUGAAUACCCACUUAAAACCAUUUGUUUGUGGUUUGUGCGACUAUAAGGCAGCAAGAUCCGAAAGAUUGGCAACCCAUGUAUUGAAAGUCCACAAUAAGAGGGCAUGCGGAAAAUGUAGCUUUUUGGCUGACGAUUUAACACAACUGACCAAUCAUCAACAAGAACACCACCCAUUAGAACAUAGGAAUCGGUCUACUGGAAAUAACGUUCUACGUACAUCGAGCUUCAAUAAUGGAUCUACUUCGAAUCAUUCACCAUCUGCUACCACCUGCAGCACAAUAAGUAAUUCAGCAGUAACGACAAGUUUAAAAGUACACGAGCUGAGCGCAGCUGCAGCUUUACUUCAAGCGCAACAACAAAGCAAUCGAUUCCUUCAAAACGAGGCGAUGAAAUCAUGGAAAGUCAGUCAAAGUCAAAGCAGUAAUCAUCAGCAGCAGCAGCAGCAGCAGCAGCAGCAGCACACUGCAAAGCAGCAUGGAGCUGCUAGACUGUUCAACUACAUGGAAGCCAGCGAUGGUUCCGAGGCGGAAGCCGAGACAGAAUCAAGGGGCGCAGAAGACAUGUGUAGAGUGAAUUUAAGUCAUAGAAUACAGUCGGAUUUUCAUGAAGCGGGAGAUGUUGGUGGCCAUCAAGACGAAGAAAACAGCGACGAAAUGGAGUUGCCGCUAUUCUUCUGUUCCACCUGUGGCUGCGAAUUUGAGGAUGACAUGUCUUUGGAAACUCAUCAAUUCACGCACCGCCACAGUACCACAUCUCCCGCCAAAAGCGAUGAUUCUAAAGAGAACGUCGAUCCAAAGAAAAAGUAUAAAUGCUGUUUGUGUGAUGCAAACUUCGAUAAUCAAUCGGGCAUUAUGUCGCACAUGUUGGCUCAUUCCAGUCUGCUAACGAAACCGCCACCAAACCCGCAGUUAAUGCAGCUGCAGCUGGAACAAGACCUAGCGAACCAAACGAACUCAAAGAGUAGAAGAAAACAAAGCCGGCCGAAGAAAAUUGUAUUGCCUUUUUGGGACACCGACGAAGUGGAAGUGCUAAGACAUUUAAACGGAAAACUCCGAAAAUGGCGCAAUGCUCUUACAAACAAUAAAGAAGGUUGUAGAAAGUUGGCGGAUAAAUAUAUGGCCCAAUUGGUCACAAGACGGGGGUUAAGCUGUAUCUAUUGUAAAAACAAUGGCCUAAGCCGUUACCACACAAGGGGUAGUUUGGCGUUUCAUUACUUUUGGAGACAUGCGAAAAAACGGUUUAAAUGUGAACACUGUUCGUUGAAAUUUCGGCACAAGUACCAGUGCGUGUUGCACUCUAGCCGCGUUCAUUCUGAAGAAAAUCCAUCAGCAGUGGAAACAAUUUCUGCAAAAGAAAACCCCCCUGCUGUUUUAGCGGAGUCUUCAGCUUGCUCUUCUCAAGACUCCACGAAUCCAUACUUUACAAAUCCUCAAACAGUACCUGAUCAAACUUCUGUUAACACACACAAAUUGGGCAUGUCCUUCUUCGAUCACACAUUUAUCCAUACGCAAAACGUUUUUAACAAUCACAUGCCUAUUAUAAUUCCAACGUUUCCACCAAGUUAGAGUUAAAAUAUUAAAAAUCUAUUUUUUUAACAUUCAUUAAUGCAAAAUUAAAAAUCAAAUUCCAUUUAAAUUGCUUCAACGAAUUUUAUUGCAAUUUUAUUCUAUUUACACUAGGUACCUAUAUAUUUUUGUAUACUUCUAUAAAGUGGACAUGAUUUUAACUCUUUCAUUUACAGCACACAUUUGUAACGCAUAUUGUGGACACUGAAGUAAAUUUUGGGGCAAACAUUAUUAUACAUUUAUUCAUAUUGUUACCUUGUAGUUAUUAGGUACAAUGAAAAAGUGUCCUUCCAAAUUUUCUUUAUAACCUUAUACAAUAAAUAUUUUCAGACCUAUCAGAUACUUAUUGUUAGUACCAAAAAGGAUUGUUGUACAAUAAUGGUACUCAUAUUUUUUAUUAAAUUAGAAUAGUAAUAAAAACAACAUAAUAUUUUAAGUAUAAAAGACAAAGUGUGCAAUAUAG